AUGAGACAGACAUACCCCCCACCCCAGUCAUCUUCUUUUGGAGAUGUGCAUGCUAUCUGUGGAUCAGCAAAAUCUGGGCUUUAUAAUAUUAGAUUCUCUGUUUCGGCUCAGGCUAAAUGUGACAUGGAGACUGCAGGUGGUGGGUGGACAGUCAUCCAGAAUCGGCAAGAUGGCUCAGUGGACUUCAACAGAACAUGGCAGGAAUACAGAGAGGGCUUUGGUAAUCUGCAGGGAGAGCACUGGCUGGGUAAUGCAGCGCUGCAUGCCCUCACCUCUACUGGCCAACACCAACUUCGCAUUGAGCUGGAGGACUGGCACCAACAGAGGCGCCAAGCCACCUAUAGCAACUUCAAAGUGGCCUCAGAAGCGCAGAGGUAUCGCCUGACAGCACGGGAAUAUUCUGGUGAUGCAGGUAAUGCACUGAGCUAUAGUAAGCGCUACAACCAUGAUGGCAGGUCCUUCAGCUCUUCUGACCGAGACCACGACCGUUAUGCAUCUGGGAGUUGUGGUCAGUACUAUGGUGCAGGCUGGUGGUUUGAUGCAUGCCUGGCAGCUAACCUAAAUGGACGAUACUACCGCGGGCGGUACAGUGGGGUGACCAACGGUAUCUACUGGGGAACAUGGUACAUCCUGACAGAUGGACGUACAGGAGAACGCUACUCCUUCAAGAGGGUGGAGAUGAAGACAAGACCCAAGAACUUUAUGAGAACAGACUGA